AUGAGGAUGGACGCCAAGGGCAAGGAGCGGCAGAUCACCGAGGAGGAUUUGCAGGGCAAGACGGAGGAGGAGAUCGAGAUGAUGAAGAUGAUGGGCUUUGCCUCCUUCGACACGACGAAGGGGAAGAAGGUGGACGGCGCCGCGAACGCUUACGCCAUCAACGUGUCGCAGAAGAGAAAGUACAGGCAGUACAUGAACAGAAAAGGGGGAUUCAACAGACCCUUGGAUUUCAUUGCGUGA